UGGAGAAAGGAGGAGGGCAGCGGCUCAAAAUGGCGGUCGAGCGGCUCCGGGCCCUGGUUCUGGCGGAUUGAAGGGGAGAGAGACAGAGAGAAACAUUCAACUUUGGGCCUCUGACUAGUGCAGCAUCAACCCCGGGCUGGGGACAGUCUUAUUAACCCGCGAUAGGAGCCUGGGCCUGAAAUAGUGUGAUUAACCCGGGAUAGGAGCCCGGGCCUGGGACGGUUUGAUUAACCCGGGCCUGGGACGGUUUGAUUAACCCGGGCCUGGGACGGUUUGAUUAACCCGGGCCUGGGAUAGUUUGAUUAACCCGGGAUAGCAGCCAGGCCUGGGACGUUGCAAUUAACCUGGCUUAGGAGCCUUAGGGCCUUUCACACUCUGAUUAACCCUAGAUAGCAGCCAGGCCUGGGACGGUUUACCUGCAAAAGGUGAGCCACCAGAUUAACCUGCAACCAGGACUAGACCAAGGGUAGUCCCAGGAUAAGAGCCUGGCUCUUUUAACUUGGGGCUGGAUUCACUUGGAACAGAAGCUGGGCUUGCUUCAGUCUGGAUUGCUCUGAUUGUGGUCUGGGCCCAGACCACUCCAGAUCACUUUGAGACAUUGAUACCAGGGAGUGACAACAGAGACCUGGCAAAGCUGCCAACAGACCUGGAAACUGAAAAGUCGAAGGUGGGCAGGAGGGGGAGAGACACAGUCGUGAUCGACGAGAGAGGAUUAUUUUGGUGACACCUGAAAGUGCCGAGGAAGAACUUGUAAAAGCAGGUUUUACCAUCCAAAAAGCAGGAAACUGUUUUGAAGUCAAGAAGUGGCAAUUGGCGAAUCAAGCUGCACAGUUUAUAUUCAAGAAGGCUUGCCACCUCUCUGCAGGGUGAAGUUAAACAGAAACCAGGUGGACCAUUUGCUGCUGCUGAAGAGAUUGAUAAGUUGAUACAAAGGAGUGAGGGAUUGUGUCCGAGACAUUGUGACUGUCUGACAGAGCAAACGUUUUUCUUGGAGUGAGGGCAAAAAUUUGUUUUGUGAUCCUUGGAGAUAAGGAGAGCUCUGUCACUGGGGGCACCAACGCAACAGCGUUUGAAGCAGAGUUGCAGGAAGAAGAUAGGAUUUGGCAGGUGUAAGGGGACGAGGAGGAUUUAUAUCCCUCCCAUCCCACGAACCGGAGAGACAACCAGCAGGAAUGGAGCCAGAGGCUGAACCGGAAUGUCGGAGCCGCAGGCUGCGUGCUGUCACCAGACGUCGCUACGAGGAUGAUGGCAUUUCCGAUGAUGAGAUUGAGGGGAAGAGGACUUUUGAUCUUGAGGAGAAACUGGAAAGCAGCAUGUACAGUGCGAGCUUUGUCCGGUUUAUGGACGGGAAAGAUUUCACCUUCCAGUACGUCCAGAGAGAUGGCCUGCGAUGCCCGCUUAUCUUCAAAAAGAAAGAUGGCCUUGGAAUCAAGAUGCCAGAGCCGGAUUUCAGUGUCAAUGACGUGAAGAUGUUUGUCGGGAGUCGGAGAAUGGUGGAUGUGAUGGAUGUCAAUACACAGAAGGGCAUUGAGAUGACGAUGGCACAGUGGGUGAAAUACUACGAGACGCCAGCCGCUGAGAGAGAGAAGCUCUACAACGUCAUUAGCCUGGAGUUCAGCCACACCAAACUGGAGAAUAUUGUCCAGCGCCCUGCAACGGUGGAUCUGGUGGACUGGGUCGAUAACAUUUGGCCCCGACAUCUGAAGGAAAGGCAGACGGAGUCCACAAACGCAAUUGUCGAAAUGAAGUACCCUAAAGUCAGGAAGUACUGUUUGAUGAGUGUCAGAGGCUGCUACACAGAUUUCCACAUCGAUUUUGGUGGCACUUCCGUGUGGUACCACAUCCACCGAGGAGGCAAGAUCUUCUGGCUGAUCCCUCCCACCCCACUGAACCUAGAGAUUUACGAGAGCUGGGUGCUGUCGGGGAAACAGGGCGACAUCUUCCUGGGCGACAAGGUGGAGAAGUGUCAACGCAUCGAACUGAAGCAGGGCUAUACGUUCCUGAUUCCCUCAGGCUGGAUCCAUGCCGUUUACACUCCAGAAGAUACCCUGGUGUUUGGAGGAAACUUUUUGCACAGUUUCAACAUCCCAACACAACUCCGCAUCCACAACAUUGAGGACAGGACUAGGGUGCCCUCCAAGUUCCGCUACCCGUUCUAUUACGAGAUGUGCUGGUACGUUGUGGAGCGGUAUGUCUUUUUCCUGACAAAAUGUUCACACCUCACCAAACAGUUCCAGAGGGAGUCUCAGCUAAUCGAUGAAGACACUGAGUCUGACGACACAGAGAAUGGCGAUGAUGUUAAGGAAGAGGUGGAUGAGAGUGAGGAGCCUACCGAGAGGGAGAGGAGGGGCCAUUCCCUCCGUAAAGGCCCCUCUGAGAGCCCAGCUCCAGACCGCAAUGGACUCCCGCAGGACCAUGGUAGUCGGCUGCUGAAGAGGAGCCCGUCGUCGGAGUCACUGGACAGCGGAGGAGGCUCACUGGGAUCCCAGGACACUGCGCCCGCACACUGGAUCCACCUGACCCAGUUUGAGCGCACCGGCCUGCAGGCUCUAGUUGACAAGCUGCAAUCUCUGCCCGAGCACAAGAAAUGUGUCCCUGCCGGCCUCCUCGAUCCAGACUCACUGCUCCAGGAAAUGCAGAAAGUUCUGGAAGACCACAUGAACGAUGACCCCCAGCUGGCGUGUUCAGGCCUCCCAAUCAUCAGGUGGCCCAAGCGACGUGACAAGCCCAAGGCCCCGAUCCGGCUGAAACCCCGGCCCCCGGUGCUGGCCCUGAGUAAGCCCGCGUUGCUGAAACCCCUCCCGGGCUCCCGGCGGAGGCGGACCCGCUGCAAGAGGUGUGAGGCGUGUCGGCGCAGCGAGUGCGGGGUCUGUCACUACUGUCGGGACAUGAAGAAAUUCGGGGGCCCCGGCCGGAUGAAGCAGUCCUGUGUCCUCCGGCAAUGCGAGGCACCGAUCCUCCCCCACACGGCGCUGUGUAUGAUCUGUGAGGAGGUGGGUCAGAACGCCGACGGGGAGAACAACAGUGUGCGAGGGACUCUGAUGGAGUGCUCGGCCUGUAGUGAAAUUGUCCACCCGGGCUGUCUGAAGAUGAAUAUUUCCCUGGGAAUCAUCAGCAAGGAGCUUCCAAACUGCUGGGAGUGUCCAAAAUGUGUGAGGCAGGAGCGACGAAAGCUGGCCUUGGCGAAGAAGGGCUACAGCCCGAAGGACGGUACUGACUCAGAAAGGCAGCAACUGAUUGCUGAGGCGGUGAGGAAGCGGGAGGAGCAGAGCCGGAGGGCCCAGGCCAUUGAGGCCGCCCGCAGGCGACUCGACGCUCUGCCCAAGCGCAAGAAGUUUGACUACCUGCUGCUGCGGAAGAAAAGGCUGGCAGCAGCUGAGCACAACGCAAGAAAAAAGAUAAAGUUUGAGAGGGAACAGAUACUCCUGCGAACGAAACGGAAAGCAGAGGACAGCCUUGACCAUCGGGUAGGGGCUAAGAUCCUGCGCCCGCUGAGGAACGGUGAGGAUUUGUCCCUGGGCCCAUACCCCAGGCUGGGCUCCAGCAGGGACGGUCUGCGACCAGACCGUGCCGAGCGAUUUUAUCGGCGCCAGCUCCGCCGCAGCUUGGACCCUGCUCGCAGUAACCCCAGCUCCGCAAUGUCCCGACAUCGCCACCUUUCGGAGAUCGAGAAGGCCAAGAUCAGGGGCUCGCUGCUGACCGUCCGUCUCCACCGCUCACCGGGAGACUUCAACGGCUCAGCCAGUCAUCACCGCAGUCCCAGUACCAGCCUGCGACAGGCUCCACGUGUGGUCAGCUGGCAGUCAGGCUGUCAGUGCCAGCAAGAUAACCCGUCUCCCUCCUCCUCCUCGUCUGACAACCCCCCCGACGAUCACAUGAUGCAGCGACACCUCUGGAUGUCUGUCUUCCGCUACCUGACCCAGAAGGAGCUGUGUGUCUGUAUGAGGGUCUGCAAGGCCUGGAGCAAAUGGUGCUGUGAUAAGAGACUAUGGACAAAGAUCAACCUGAGUCGAUGUAAGUCGAUCACUCCCCUGGCCCUGGGCGGGAUCAGCAAGAGGCUCCCCGUCAGCCUGGAUCUCAGCUGGAGCAACAUCUCCCGCAAGCAGCUAACCUGGCUCAUCGACAGGCUGCCUGGACUGAAGGACCUCUUCCUGUCCGGCUGCUCUUGGUCAGCCAUCUCUGCUCUCAGCACCUCCAGCUGCCCGCUACUGCGUACUCUCGACCUCCGAUGGGCUGAGGGGCUCCGUGACAGCCAGAUGCGGGAUCUGCUGUGUACCCCCGAUAAACCAGGCCAGCUGGACAACCGCAGUAAGUUACGGAACGUGACGGAUUUCCGGUUAGCGGGCCUGGACAUUAGUGACGUUACCCUGCGGCUGAUCAUCCGCCACAUGCCGCUGCUUUCUCGCCUGGAUCUCAGUCACUGCAGCCACCUGAGUGACCACUCCCUCAACCUACUCACAGCUGUUGGUUCAUCCACCCGCAACUCACUCAGUGAGUUACAGCUGGAAGGCUGCAAUAAAUUGACUGACCAGUGCCUCAAUUACCUGAAGAGAAUUGGCAACAUCUCCUGCAUUAACCUGCACAACUGCAAGCAAAUCUCAAAAGGAGCCUGUGAGAUGCUUCUUUCUGAACUCUCUGUAAAUGGUCUCUUCUGCCUCUCGGAGGAGCGGCAAAUUCGCAAAAUCAGCUGAGGAUCGGGAAGAGGAGCCCGUGUCUCUUUCUCUCCCCAAAUCCCACAACCCACUGUACACCCACUCCUCUGGAAGAUGUCACUUCCUUCACUCUCACACUCUACACCUUUUCAUUCCCUCUUACUCUCUCCCAUUCUGCACUGGUCCUUAUCUCUCCAUUCCCCAUAUUCUUCUCUUCUCCUGUCUCCCUCUCUCUGCCUCCCUCUCUCUCUCUCUCUGCCUCCAUCUCUCUCUCUCUCUCUCUCUCUCUCUCACUGUCUCUCUCUCUCUCACUGUCUCACUCUGUCUGUCUCUCUGCCUUUGCCUCUCUAGGAUCCAGCUUUCUUCUAUCUCCCUCAGACCUUGCAUCUGGCCACGCUCUCUCCUGUUCACAUAUAGGUUGAUGGUGAAGAUAGCAGGACUACACAGCAAGCGAGACCAGUGGGUCCCUUCGGGUUUCACAGACGGAAAUGUUUGUUUUUUUUUUUUUUUUUUUUUUUUGGUUUUUUUUUUGCUUUUUAAUUCCAGGGUUUGAACUUUUUUUUUUGAGCUUUCUUCUAGUGUCUGUCUGUCUGUCUCUCUCUCUCCUUCAGUUGGGAUGAAUCUGAUCCGCACAUGUUGAGCGAUGAAGAGAAGGGAGACUGGUGGCAGAGGCACCCUGGGAGAUUAGCACAAUGUGCUGGCGAUGGCACAGCUCAUUUUGAGCUCCCAACCUCCUCGGCAUCUCCCGGAAAGAGAGGGAGAGUGAGCGAUGGACUCUCGAGUCGCUUGUAGCUAAAGUCUUGCACAGAAAGGUCUCACUCUGGUCAACGAUCAGGUGGGCAUGAGGGUGGGGGUGGGGGGUCAGGAUGGGACAGGAUGGGAAUGUGGUGGGAUAGAUAUAUUUUUCCAUAGGGUUUAGGAACUGCGGCUGUGGCCUAGAGUUUUACUCGGAUCCCUUGCCUCCUCCCCCCCCAACCCUCGUCACAAAAAAAAGUCCCCAGUCACAGAUCCCUGCGACACUCAAAGUGUCACCAGAUCUGAGCCCCCCUCCCACUCCCCACACACACCCACACAUGGACCAGGAAAGGCUUGGAUCUCAGCCUGUGCCGAGUGUGGGUGUCUCCCCAGCCCUUCACCGUCCGUCCCCCCGCUCCCAAAGGGAGAGUUUUAUUUUCUGAAAAUAAAGCCCAUUCCUUCUACUUCACACCAGAGCUGUGGGGUUGAGGAGAUGUACCUGGGUCGAUGAGGGAGGGUUAGGGAAUUGGCUGUUUGUUUUCCUGUAAAUAGUUUGGUUCUGCCUGUGCUCUUUUAUAUUACUUCCGACCCUAUUCCUCCCUUCCCAUACACAAAAAGAAGAGAAUUUAAAUGGAGAUAAAUUAAUAAUUAAAACAAACACAACUUGCAUAGGCCAUCUGCUUUAUUGAGGUGGAGGGGGGCAGGUCUCCAAAUUUCAAACCCACCCACCCCCUCCUUCCUUUCAAUUUGCCAUUUUUGUUUUUUUUUUAAAAAAAGAUCAGAUUUAGAAUAACUUUAAAGAUAAAAAUUUAUGCGGGAAAAAUCUAUAAAAGAUGCAAAAUGACAUCCUGCGGGAAUUAUUUUGUUCCAGAUCUUUUCUCGGGUUUUUUUGGAAUAAAAAUGCUCUUUAAAAAAUAAUAAAAUGAGCUGGUGUCUAUUCUGUGCAAGUGGCUACCUUGCCUGGCUUUGGAGAAUUUGAUGUUUAUUCUC